GAAUCGUUUAACCUUUAUCACAUCAUCCAUGAGCAGACACCCAAUUCAAACUUGCGGUAAAUCGUGCUAAACAUUUCAAGAUGUUUGCAGUUGAAUUGCUCGAGCGACUCGGUUUGCCAACUAUCUAUCUUUGGAUUGGAUUUGUUUUAGUAGUCCUUCUAGCAUACCCUACAUAUUUUGCAAUUUACAACCUAUACUUUCACCCAUUGAGAAAGUUUCCAGGGCCACUUAUAGCCAGAUCCUCAUACAUCUGGUAUGCCAAGAAUUGGAUUGGAGGAAGAUGGCCUCACGCAUUAUCUGAUCUUCAUGAGAAGUAUGGUCAAGUUGUUCGAAUAGCCCCUGAUGAGCUUGCAUUCAGCUCGGCUCAGUCUUGGAGAGAUAUCUAUGGACAUUCAGUGAAGGGCAAGAAGUACUUCAGAAAGACCGACUGGUAUGCAGGUGUUGGUGAUCUACCAAACUCCAUCUCAACAGAGCCAGAUCCGCAAAAGCACAGUGCCAUGCGCAGAGUAUUAGCCAACGCAUUUAGCAAUUCUGUUCUCAAGGGCCAGGCAGAUGUCAUCAAUAAAUAUUUGGACAUGUUCGUCAGUCAGAUCAAGAAACAUGACAAUCCAAAUGGUAUUCCAGUCGAAGAAUGGUUCAACUGGCUGACAUUCGAUAUUAUCGGGGAUCUUACUUUUCAUGAAUCUUUUGGUGCAGUCGAAAAUGCCCGAACACAUUUUUGGAUUCACUUGAUCAUCAACGGUAAUUUCAUUCGAAGUCUCUAUCCAAUCUUCCAGAAGAUCCCGAUCAGCAGACUCUUCAUGAAAUGGAUUAUUCCAAACAUGGAUGAGAUUCGUCAGCAGCGACGGGAACACAUUGCCCAUACGAACUCUAAAGCCAUGAAACGGGCCAAUCGUGAUGACAUUGUUCAAAAGGAUUUUUUCAGCUUCUUACUUGGUAAAGAGGGAGCGGAUACUUCGGAAAUGUUCUUGACUGCGCAGGCCCACACUCUCAUUAUCGCUGGAUCUGAGACUACAGCUGUCACGCUGACAGCUAUGGUAUCAUUCUUACUUCGUUAUCCGGACAAAAUGAAGAUUCUCAUUGACGAAGUGCGUGGCGCAUUUACUGACAAAUCUCAAAUUAAUGUUGAAGGAACUCUACCCCUAGAAUACCUCUUCGCCGUAAUCGAGGAAACACUACGCAUUCUCCCUCCAGUGCCAUUUGGCCUUCCUCGUACGUGCCCUGGGGCAGUCAUUGACGGCCAUGUGGUUCCAGAAGGGACCAUCGUUUCCGUCUCUCCAUAUACAGCAUCUCACGAUGUAAGGUAUUGGCAUGAUCCUGAGGGAUGGCAUCCCGAGCGAUGGCUCCCUUCUGACCAUCCUCUUCAUAAUCCCGUAUUCGAUCAAGAUAAUAAAGAGGCAAGCAAACCAUUUAGUACUGGACCUCGUGUUUGCUUGGGUGUUAAUUUAGCAUAUAUCGAGCUAAGGAUGACACUCGCGAGGCUAUUGUUUGAAUUCGAUAUGGAGUUGCUUAGUAAACCGGUCGAUUGGAAUACGGAAUUGGAUUUCUUUCAAUUCUGGAAGAAAGUUGAGACGAGAGUAAAGUUCACCAGUCUUCAUUGAUAGAUGUGCGUGAAGCGGAAUGUAGAAACAAUGAUCGAUCAAAUUUGAGAGUUGCAGUCAUCACCGUUAAACAAAAACUCUUGUUUACAAUUUCGAUGGACUCUUGUGAAAUGUAAAGCUUCGAUGAUUCCUAGAUAGGAUAUGUGUGAACCAUGCAGACACACCCUUUUAUGAUAGACAGCCAGUCAGCUGUAAUAAAAAAAUUAUAUCAAGUUCAUGGUCACUUGUUCCUUGAUCUUGAGAGCCAACAUGUGCAAAUCAAAUGGUCUUCGCUGAGCGAGACUCUUGUAAAUAUAAUCGAAAUGAGCA